AUAUUAUGCUUGGAUGCACUAAUGUAGGAGCAGAAAGGCGUUUAAACUAGCGAAACUAACAUGUUAAUAAAGUGUUAUUUGAAAUAUUUGGAAUGUAAGAUUCACAGAAUACAAAUGAUGGGAUAGGGCAGGGAUCGCGAACCUAUGUUUUGUUUAAAACUGCGUCGAUAAGAACGCAUCGCCAACGAUUUUGCGUUGCGUCUCGGCCUGCCUAGUGUAUACGAUCCAUUAUAAGUAACUUAACAGGCACAUCACUAGCUGAUAUUAACUUAUCGACACUAUAUAAACGAAUAUCGCUUGUUCACGCGAUCAUUCCAAGAGAAGAUGCGUUAUUACAUCAUCGCGCUAGUAGUGCUCAGCGUGGCUGCCUACGUCCAGCUAAGGCCGUCAUGUUCCACCUGCAACCGCUCCAACAUCCUCGACACAGCCAUAGCGAAGAUGGUCGCCAUCGACACCGAGAUCUACACUGUCCUUAAGCUGUUCAAGACAUACGUACCGAAAGAGAAAGUCGGCAAAGACAGUUACAAAUUGGAAUACUAUUUACCUCAGUUUUCGGGCAACUUUGAAGUAAGGAUUAAACAUCGAUUGCUUGGUGUUAUUGGACAUGAUCCGAAGGUGAACGAGUGUGACUACACUUACGUUGAUAUGAGGAUAUUGCCGGACUUUGUGGAUACUCAUGAGGGCGUGUGGCAGUUCUCCGGCGGUCACUUGACUAUUGAGUGGCCUUACGCGUACAAUUUGGAAGAGUCGGAGGGCGGAUGCAGCUCUUCUAUUGACGAUACGCUUAUUAUCCUUAGAAGAGUGUAUUAGUGUUAUAAUUUGAUUUAUGUAGUGUGGAAUAAAAUAUGUUGGUA